CGAAAAGAAAUAAACUCCCCAACAGAAAAAACACACGCAAUUCCCCCGCCCACCACCGACCCGGGGGAGGAGCCGAGGAGGAGCGCGCCGCGACAGGGGCGCAUCUCGUCUCCCGCCGCCGCCGGCGCGCGCCGCCUCCACUUGUCGUUCGUUCCCCACCCAACUCCAGGUUCGGUCUGGUACGGUUCGGGUGCGUGCCCGCGCGCAGGUGCUGCAUCGCGGCGCGGGGGGCGGGCCGUGCUGGGUUUUUGGUGGGGGACAGGGGAGGGGACGGGGGUGGUAUGCUCUGCGGGCUGCGGCGGCUUGAUCCUGUGAAGAAGGCGGAAGAAGCGGGCAUCCCCGAUGCAACGGCUACUGGGGGUCGGCGAGAGGCUUUUGGCGAUUGGAACAAAUAGAUGGGCAGCCACUUAUUCCCAUCCGAGCCACAGAAGUGGGUACUACACAGCGGUUGGGGACAAUGGCUUGUCGACGAGGCGAAAGAUUCCAGCUGUCUUCUCAAGGAUGUUCUCACAUUACAAGGUCAUUGUCAGAAAGAACAGAGCUGAGGGUCACAAGUGCAGAACCAGGAUGUCCAGAGGCUAUCGCACAUUCUCUGUGGCAGUGGCCAAUUCAUCAGCAACCCAGCAAGCACAAUUGGCAUGGAAGCGGCUCAGUCAUAUGUACUCGUAUAGUGGUCCGCGGUUCCCGCUGAUGAGCCGAGCAGCCUGUGCAAUUAGUCUGUCCUUUACGAGGUUCCAUAUCAUCCCUGGGGUCAUGGCUCUAGCUUUUGGCAAGAUAGCACUUGCACCACCAGUCCUGGCAGACGCACCUUCCUUCAUGCCAAGAAUGGAUGGCAUCAUCACAAAGGCACAAGAUACUCGCCAGUUUCUGUCAUCUCUUGUUUGGUCAAUCUGGGAGGGCAUCACUUUGCUUAUUAGAGCAGUGCAUUUGACUUUCCUAUUCUUCCCUGCAACUGCAUUAGCUCCAUUUGCUGACAAGUUCAGUGUUGCGUUCAGAAGAAGGUGGCUUAGCCUUGUGCGCCGUACCCUCGAAAAGGCUGGGCCAGCAUUCAUUAAGUGGGGCCAGUGGGCUGCAACACGCCCUGAUCUUUUUCCAAGUGAUCUCUGCGUUGAGCUUGCAAAGCUUCACAGUGCAGCUCCAGCGCAUGGCUUUGCUUAUAGCAAAGCUGCCAUUGAGAAGGCAUUCGGUCAUGAGCUUUCUGAAAUAUUUGAGUCCUUUGAGGAGAACCCUGUUGCUUCUGGAAGCAUUGCGCAAAUACAUCGGGCUACACUGAAAAAUCAACAUCCUAAAAAGCAUGUUGCAGUUAAGGUGAGGCAUCCUGGUGUUGGAGAAUCAAUCAAGAGAGACUUUCUACUCAUCAAUCUUGUGGCCAAGGCUUCUAAUAUCGUCCCUGGAUUGAGCUGGCUGAGGCUGGAUGAGAGUGUUCGUCAGUUUGCAGUAUUCAUGAUGUCUCAAGUUGAUCUUUCUAGGGAAGCUGCUCACUUGAGUCGUUUUAUCUACAACUUCCGCAGAUGGAGACACGUGUCUUUCCCGAAGCCCUUGUAUCCACUUGUGCAUCCAUCUGUCCUAGUUGAGACUUUUGAGAAUGGAGAAAGUGUCUCUCGUUUUAUGGAUGAAAUCGAAGGGAAUGCUCGGAUGAAGAAAGACCUUGCACACAUUGGGACAUAUGCUUUUCUGAAGAUGCUUCUGGAGGACAACUUUAUUCAUGCGGAUAUGCACCCUGGAAACAUUCUUGUCCGUUUAAAUGAUAACAAGAUUUCAAGGAGACGAUUUUUCAGAGCCAAGCCCCAUAUUGUGUUUCUUGACGUGGGCAUGACUGCUGAGCUCACACGAUCUGACCGUGAUAACUUGCAACAGUUCUUCAAGGCAGUAGCUACUAGAGAUGGUCUUACUGCUGCUAAGUGUACCCUUCAGUUGUCAAAAAAUCAGAGCUGUCCAAAUCCAGUGGCAUUCACUGAGGAACUGGACAGGACGUUUACAUUCUGGGGAACUCCUGAAGGGGAUGUCUUUCAUCCUGUUGAAUGCAUGCAUCAAUUGCUUGAUACAGUUCGCCGCCACAAAGUAAACAUUGAUGGCAACAUCUGUACUGUAAUGGUUACUAUUUUGGUCCUCGAGGGGUGGCAACGCAAGCUGGACCCAGGCUUUGAUAUCAUGCACACGUUGAAGACUUUACUACUAGAGAAGGAUGUCAAGCAACCGGUUGAUUUUUUCUCGUAAACAAACAGUAUCAGAUCGAUCGUGUGUAUAGCAGCAACAAAAGAUGAUGGGUGGAAUAGAAGACUCGAAGCAUCCUGGCAAUGGCAACGUUAAGCUAAUAAUCUGAUGCACAGUGUUAUGUCUUUUCUGAAAGUAGCACUAGCAGCAACUGUCUGCACGGGGUUUCUUGUUUGAAAACCUUCAGUGAAAAUUUUGCCUACCACUCUGGCGUAGUCAGCCGUGGGGUUCUUUAAAAUUCACGGAAAGUUCCUGUAAUCCUGUCCACAAACUCUAUGUGAGGAACAAACACAUGUAAUUGAACAGAAUAGUCAUCGAGUCCGAGCUUAACUACGUUGGAGUCCACAGAGGUUUACGCUUCGUACUGGCAACCACGCCGUCUAAUGUAAAUUUUGGAUUAGCAAGAAAAUGGCUAAGCUAAAGUUAUGGUUAUCUUUCGCGAGAA